AUGAAUUCAGCCCCGCAAUACCAGAGGUGGUCUAAGCGUGAGCACCAGCUUAUUGCGCACCGCAGUCAUCACGUCCCCAUCCAUUUCUUCAUCCACUACCAGACAUGGACAGGUUCUUCCAUCUGGAUGCGCUUUACUGGAGUUGGAGUUAUGGGAGUCGCCUACGGCUACUUUAUUGCAUACGCCCUCAACCCCUUCGUCGGGUGGAACUUGGGCAGUGAGAGCCUCAUUGCCACUUUUGCCAUUAUGUCCCCCUUAGCUAAGGGGAGUAUUAAGUUUGGUCUUUCAUGGCCUUUUGUUUUCCACUUUGUAAACGGGAUUAAGCAGCUUGUGUAUGAUAUGGGCAUUGGUUACGAGAAACGUACCAUUGAAGCUUCCAACAAUUGGCCUUUUGUCAUCGGUGUGUUUGGAGCUCUGAUACUUACCUUUGCCCUGUAG